GAUUGGUGACGGUAUUACGGUGGAUGUAUGAGAGUAUAUGUAUCUUGAAGAAGGUAGGUCCAAAAGUUGUCAACCUCAGCGGCCAUCAAAAAAUAUGCAGGGUUGUCGUUUCAAAGAAAAAACCUACAAAAAAUGACACGCGCAAUGUUCCUGGGUAAGUCAAGCAUGAAUGUGCUCAAAGUCAUCCUUCGGCAGUGUCACUCAUUUGCUAGAAAAUAUGGAUAGCUGCUUGUCGCUCAAGGAAUUUAUCACCAGCGGUAUGUCGACCACGAAUGGGCAACUCUUGCUCAUGUCAAAUAAUUAACAGCAGAUAUCGGCAGAUAGUAAGGCUACCUAGUAACUGGCUGCUGCCCGCACUACAGACAAAUAGACGCCACUACUCUUCCCAAGAGCAUCAACAACCGAAAUCGAUAGUAUUGAAGACGCCCAAGGGAACCAAAGACUAUAGCGACAGGGAAAUGGCCAUCCGAGCCAAGGUUUUUGAUACCAUCACACGUAUUUUCAAAAAACACGGUGCAGUGACGAUCGACACGCCUGUAUUUGAGCUCACUGAAAUUUUGGCGGGCAAAUAUGGCGAGGACAGCAAACUCAUCUACGACCUAGCCGACCAAGGCGGCGAGUCAUGCUCAUUACGAUACGAUCUGACUGUUCCGUUUGCUCGCUUUGUUGCCAUGAACGGCAAGGAAUAUCAGAAUAUCAAGCGGUAUCAUAUUGGCAAAGUGUAUCGACGCGACCAACCUGCCAUGACUAAAGGCCGAUUACGCGAAUUCUAUCAAUGCGAUUUUGAUAUUGCUGGUACCUACGAUCCUAUGAUUCCAGACGCAGAAGUAUUGCGCAUAUUGUGCGAAGCAUUGACAGCAUUACAGAUUGGUCCCUACACGAUCAAGAUCAAUCAUCGGAAGAUACUUGAUGGCAUUUUUGAAGUGUGCGAGGUCCCACAAGCUGACAUCCGAUCCAUCUCGUCAGCUGUGGAUAAACUUGACAAGUUGCCCUGGGACGAAGUCAAGCGUGAAAUGGUCGAAGAACGAGGUUUAUCCACCUCUGUUGCCGACAGUAUUGGCGAAUAUGUUAAAUUACAAGGCGGCAAAGAAUUGCUCGACCUGCUGUCCAAGGACCAGGGGAUUAUAAACAACAAGACCGCCAUGCAAGGUCUCGCGGAUAUGAGAUUACUGUAUGAUUAUUUGGAGGUUUUGGAUGUACAAGACAAGUUGCGCUUGGACCUCAGUCUGGCACGUGGAUUGGAUUAUUAUACGGGCGUCAUUUAUGAAGCCAUUACACCUGCUAGUACCGAAGGGGGUGUUGGAUCGGUGGCAGCAGGCGGCCGUUACGAUGAUUUGGUCGGCAUGUUUGCAGGACGCAACAAAAAGGGCCAACCCAGCAUGAAGGUGCCAUGUGUGGGGGUCUCGUUGGGCGUGGAACGGAUCUUUUCCAUCCUGGCAGCACAUCAAAAGGGCCAACAAGUCAAGAGCAAGGAAACAGAGGUGCUCAUUAUCGCUGUUGGCCGUGAUCUGAUCAAGGAACAGAUGAGACUGGCCAAGGACUUAUGGGACAACAAUAUUAAGGCAUCAUUCAUGUUCAAGAACAAACCCAAGCUGGAAAAGCAAUGGGCCAUGUGCGAAAAAGAUCAGAUUCCGUUCGCAGUCAUUAUUGGCCAAGAUGAACUGGAUGCCAAGCAAGUGCGACUCAAGGAUAUGCGGAUAAAAGACAAGGCACAAGGUGGUGGUAUUAUGUUACAGCGUGCUGAUUUAGUUAAAGAGUUGAAAACGCGAUUAAAAGACUUUUAAACCAGUUUACCAGUAUAUUUUGACUUUUUCAUGCUAUACAAGUAGGGUGGGAUGUGGUGAUGAAGAAGAAGAAGAAGAUGAU